AUGGCAGCCGCCGGGGGCCUAAAGGGUCGGCCGACAAGCUCCAGGCCAUGGACCUUCGCGGAUAUGGUUUCGCAAACGCCGAUUCCCCUUCCCGAAGUGGUGGUGCUGAUGCGUGCCCCAAAAGUGCUGGACGGCGACACCUACAUCUGGUUCUCCCAAGAUGAAUUGGAGCAGUCUACACAGCCAUUCAGGUACUCUCUUGUUCUGAAAUUUAUUCGGCAACAUCCUUCCUUAGACAUUAUCCAUGCUUUUAUUCAAACUCGGUGGGGGUUAAAUGCCCAACCAGUCGUUUCUAGUAUGAAAUCCCCAAGGCAUGUUUUCCUGAGAUUUGCUAAAGAAGAUGACUAUCAUAAGGCCUUUGCUCGAGAAGCCUGCGAGAUUGAAGGUAGUCCUUAUAGGAUUUUCAAGUGGUCUACAGACUUUUCAGAGGAAUCGGAACCAUCCUUGGUUCCGAUAUGGGUGGUUUUUCCUGGGCUUCCGCCCAACUUUUAUCAUGAAUCCUACCUUCGGAACCUUGCUCUACCUAUUGGUACUUAUUUAAGAAGUGAUAACAGCACUAGAUGUGCCACCCGAACUGAUGGAGCUCGGAUUUGUAUUGAAAUGGAUGCAGCGACGAAACCGAUAGAUGGUUUUUGGAUUGGUGUUCCUCGGGCCCCUUCAAGUCGAUACGAAGCUGUCCUUUAUGAAACCCUGCCAGCGUAUUGCUGUAAGUGCAAGAUGCAAGGCCAUAACUUAAGUACUUGCAAAAAAACAGAUAAAAAUCCUGGUAUAGAUGAAAUGGGAAAGUCUAGAAAGAAACGCACCUUAGAGAUGAAAAUAACAAAGGAAGGAGAAGCAGGAAAAGUGGAGGAACCAGCACAAGAAAAGGGGUUGAGAAGUAUAAAGUGGAAUGUUGAAUCGGAAGCUAUUACAAGGCUUGAGACAGGAGAGUCCUCUAGGAUGAAGGGGAAAGAGGUUGUGCAACAAGAAUCAGACUUGGUAUCAAAAAAGGAAGCUGUACACGACAAUGACAUUUUUCUAGUAGAAGAAAUAGAAGAGGGGGAGCUAGAAGAAAUAGAAAAAGCUUUCGAGAAGAUUCAAAGAAAGCCUCCAAGUAGAGAUGAACAAGCUGAAAGGGCAGAAGAUAUUUCCCCUAUACUACAGGAGGAAUUUGUAUCAUUUGUGCCAAUGACGUUGGAGGAAAACCAGGAAAUGCAGAAUGCAGCAAGGGAAGAGCCACAAAAUAAGAUAGAUAUGGAGAACCAAGCUGUGAACCAAGUGGGGGAAAUGAUGCCUAUCAUGGAACCAGUUUCCCUAUCUGAUUCUGAAGGUGCGCAAGAGGGACUUGGUACCUCCAAAGAGCAAUUGAUUAAAAUGAUAAAGAAAUAUAAAGUGAAUGUGGUAGCCAUUGCAGAACCUUUUGUCAAUAAGCAGUGUAUGGUUCGGUUUCAGAAUAGACUGGAGUUUGGGGGAUGUAUUUCUAAUGAGGAGGCUGGAGGAAAAUUAUGGGUGCUAUGGAACACCAAGGUAAAGGUUACUGUUCAAUCCAUCAAGGGUCAAAGUAUCUCACUAAUGGUUGAAGAGAAGAACAAACAAAUCCUCACAUCUUUUGUCUAUGCUAAAUGUUCAUACCUGGACCGUAGAAGACUUUGGGAGGAUUUGAGCUUGUUGAGUACCGGAAUCACACCUUGGAUAAUUAUGGGAGAUUUUAACAUUAUCCGUAAUAAUGAUGAGAGGAUUGGAGGAAGACCCAGAGCGACCAUUGCUAUGAGGGAAUUCAAUGAUUUUAUUGAUGCGGUGGGGAUGAUUGAAACAAAGUUUGAAGGAAACAAGAUGUCGUGGUGUAAUGGGCAGCAAGGAAGAGCUCGUAGCUGGGCAAGAUUGGAUCGUUCUUUCAUUAACUCGAAACUAAUGCUGGAAUUUCCAGGUUUGGUGAUGACCUAUUUGCCUAGACAAAACUCAGACCAUUCCCCGCUAGUGAUGACCAUGGAGAAAAAUGAUAAACCGUAUGGGUUCAGCCCUUUCAAAUUCCAGAAUAUGUGGACCUCACAUGAGUUAUUCCAUGACUGUGUGCGAGGUGUUUGGCGUAAGGAUCAGGUCGGACAAGGAAUGGCUAAGUUGGCAAAUAAAUUAAAGGCUGUUAAAGGGGUGUUGAGAAGAUGGAACAAAGAGGUUUUUGGCUAG